AUGAAUCACAUUCGAAUCUUUUCAAGCAAGACGGAUUCGAAUCAAUUACGUUUACAAAGAGCUGCCGAAGGGCUUCUUUGGAAAUUAGAACAAGAAGACAAAGCUGUUGCUAAACCAACUACUUUGACUUCGUACAAAUACGAUAUCAUGAUAAGUUAUUCUCAUAAAGAUAAACAAUUAUGUUUUCAAAUUCAUCAACAAUUAACCAACGAUGGAUUUCGUGUCUGGCUUGACAAGGAUUGUUUGCGUGGAUCUACAAUGGUCGGCAUAGCGAAUGCCAUAGAAAAUUCUCUAUAUCUACUGAUAUGCAUGUCAAACACAUACAAACAAAGUGUUUAUUGUCAAUCGGAAGCUCAUUAUGCAUUCGAACGAGGUUGCCGUCUUAUUCCAAUCAUCGUCGAAUCAAAUUAUAAACCUGACGGAUGGCUAGGUAUCAUUGUUAGUGGCAAGGUCUAUGUCGAUUUUAUCGCAGAUGAAUUUAACGCGGCUUAUGAAAAAUUGAAGAAUGAGAUUUGUGAACAACGAUAUCAAAUUUCGAGUCAAUCGUCGACAAAAUCAGAAGAAAAAAACCAGAUCAAUACGACUUCCAUAAUUUCAGAACAUGCUCCAUUGGUUUUCGAAUCGAUUAUGUGA